AUGCUCAAGGACAAAGAGAGUGACAGCUGUUCAGUGGAGCCACAACAGGAAAUGCCAAUAUGGAAAGACAGGAAGCAGGUGGCUAAGUUCUCUACAACUUUUCAAAGGACAGCCCGGGGCUUCAACCUCGAACGGGGGCGACGGCAGGUCCCAGCCCCGACAGGCCGCGAGCGGGAGGCCAGGCCCGCGUCCGCUGCGCCGCCAGGCCACGCUCCCUCACGACUGUCCCCACCCACCGCGGAGGGCUGUGAGGGGGCCGCGACCGCCGCCAGCGUCCGGGGCGGGGGCGCUCACUCACCGGCGGGGAGGGGAGGAGCAGCCGGCGUCUCCGCCAGCGCCGUCGCUCGAGCUCAAGCGCCUGCUCCUUCCACUGCGGCCGCCGCACCCGGUCCAUCCCCCACAACCACCCCCCCCUCCCGACCCUCCCCCCGCGCCGCCUCAGCCGCCGCCGCCUCAGUCACCGCUACCGCCGCCGCCGCCUCAGCCCCGGCGCGGGAGCGCGAACCGGCGCGAGAGAGCGAGAGCGCGCGCGCCCCCGCCACAGCCGCCACCGCCCACAACCUCCGCCCCCGGCCGGCGGCGCACGCGCAAGGGAGCCGGCGGACGGGCGCGCGCACGCCUCAGGGGCGGGGAUGGGCCCUGGAAGGCGUGGCCCCGCCCCUAGCCCGCCUUCCCACGCGGUCUCUGGGCUGGCUGAGCUGCCCCGCUGCAGGUAGUGCUGAGUUGCUCCAGUGCCACUGGGUUAGGGUCUCCACAACCGAGCUGGUCUCAGCAAGUGGUGUCCAUACAUGGGGCUCGAACCUGGGUCAAAGGGUCGCCAGAGCGACGGUUGGAGAACGUGGAACUAAGCUGGAGGACACCUGAGUACUCUUAAGCAAUCCCCAUGGACCAAAUCAACUGCCAAUUUGGAUAUCAUCGAGGCACCUGAAACCUUAUCAUGAGCCUGAUGCUGAGGAAUAGAUUCUGGGAGGAUCCUGAGGAUCCCCCGGUUGCAGCCAUGUUGAGACUGACACUGAGGGGGACCCCAACUGUCACGAGCAACACCCAUCGAAUGCAGCCACCUACCUGGGGACAGAUCAAGAAGCUGUCACAGAUGGCAGAAGAAAACCUAAGGAAAGUGGGACAACCAGUCACAAUGAGUAAUUUAAUGAUAGCUAUGAUAGUGGUGAUCACCAUUGCCAUGAGUAUUCCUUCAACAAGGGCUGGCACAGAGGACAAUUAUACUUAUUGGGCAUAUUUAUCAAUCUUGGCUGGCAAUAAUGCCUGGAUGUAAUCACUCUAUGACACAGUUACACAUGCUUUCUGGUCUCCGUAUUUACCAUAAUAAAUCUGCUCCUGUAAUUGAGGUAUACUGCCCUCAAAAACCUAUUUGUAAACAGAAUUGGACCUGGCUAGAAAUAAUGAACGUAUUUGUUUGGGAAGAUUGCAUUGCAAAACAGGCAGAGGUGCUGUGCAACAAUUCCCAUGGAAUCAUUAUUGAUUGGUCCCCUAAGGGGAUGUUUAGCUUGAAUUGCACCUCUCAGUCUGUGUGCCACAGCCACACUAUGUUCAGCUGGUCUGAACAAAAUGGUCAAAUGGUAGAAAUGGUAAGAAGUAUGGCAAGAGUUCCUAUUAUUUGAAAACACGGUGGUAUAGUGGCACCUCAACCUCAAAUGAUAUGGCCCGCUCUAGGAGCUUAACAUAAGGAUUUGUGGAAACUAUUAAUGGCUCUUAAUAAGAUCAAAAUUUGGGAGAGAGUAAAAAAGCAUCUAGAAGGACACUCUACAAACUUGUCUUUGGAUAUUGCAAAAUUAAAAGAACAAAUAUUUAAAGCAUCCCAGGCACACCUGACCUUAAUGCCAGAAAUAGGAGUGCUUGAAGGAGUGCAGACAGAUUAGCAGGUAGUAACCCAUUAAAAUAGAUAAAAACACUUGGAAGCUCUGUGAUUUCAAUGAUGAUGGUGCUUUUAAUCUGUGUUGUUUGUCUUUGUAUAGUCUGCAGCUCCCGACUCCUGCAAGAAGUAGCUCACCAUGAUAAAGCCACCUUUGCAUUUAUCAUCUUGCAAAAACAAAAAGGGGGAACAUGUUGGGAACAGGCCCCCAAAUCUGGCCAUAAACUGGCCCCAAAACUGACCAUAAACAAAAUCUCUGCAGCACUGUGACAUGUUCGUGAUGGCUAUGACACCCACCCUGAAGGUUGUGGGUUUACUGUAAUGAGGGCAAGGAACACCUGGCCCACCCAGGGCAGAAAACUGCUUAAGGCAUUCCUAAGCCACAGACAAUAGCAUGAGUGAUCUAUGCAUUAAGGACGUGUUCCUGCUGCAGAUAACUAGCCCAACCCAUCCUUUUGUUUUGGCCCAUCCCUUUGUUUCCUGUAAGGAAUGCUUUUAGUUAAUCUGUAAUCUAUAGAAACAAUGCUUAUCACUGGCUUGCUGUCAGUAAAUAUGUGGGUUAAACUCUGUUUGGGGCUCUCAGAUCUGAAGGCUGUCAGCCCCCUGGAUAUCCCACUCCACACUCUAUAGUUCUGUGUGUGUGUGUGUGUGUGUGUGUGUGUGUGUGUGUUUCUUUAAUUCCUCUAGUGCUGCUGGGUUAGGGUCUCCACGACUGAGCUAGUCUCAGCAGUAUAAAAAUCAGAAUAUUAAUUUGGCAACAUUUGGUAACAUCAAGGCAGAAUAUUUAUCAGAAAUCAAAUGUUAUCACCAAAAAUCUACUCUACUUUGUUAUCCAGGAGAUGCAAUACAAAACCCAUUAAUUAAAACAUUAACAGAUACUAUUAAAAUACUUUGGGAUAAGGUCAGAAAUGCUAAAUGUUACUUAUUAUUUUAGACACAUUACCUGAUGUGAGGCAUAUAGUGCAGAUGAUUAUGGUUAGAGUUGUGAUUUUCUAAACUCAAAUACUUCUAUAUGUGAACAUUUUUGGGAGAUUUUUGUCACAACUGGAGAAAGAUUAUUUUUAAAUUUUAGUAAACUACUUACAAAAACUGAACCAGACAAAAAUAAUUCAAGAAGCUAGAAAUAUGACAACAUGGUGCAAUAGGAAAUCCUUGAAUAAAAAAUAUAUAUAUGUAUAUAUACACCAUAAAAUAUAGAAUGGUAUAUUCUGUAUCAUUCUAUAUUCCUUUUCUAAAGCAUCAUUAUUAUUAUUUGAGAUGAGGGGGAGAUCUAACCGUGUUGCCUGGGCUGGUCUUGAACCCCUGUCCUCAAGCAAUCUUCCUUCCUCAGCCUCCUGAGUAGUUGGGAUUACAGACACAUACCACUAUGCCCACCUUAAAGCUUGCUUGCUUGCUUGCUUUUUUUUUUUUUUUUUUUUUUUUGAGACAGGAUCUUGCUCUGUUGCUCAGGUUGGAGUGAAGUGGCACGAUCUCAGCUCACUGCAACACUCCAGCCUGAGCAACAGAGCAGACUCCAUCUUGGGGAAAGAAAGAAAAAAAAAAAGAACUAUACAUCUACCAAAAGCUUCAGUUAAAUGUUUGGGUAUAUUGAAAACACACUGGAUAUAAAUUUGAAACCACUGUUAAACGUGUGACAGGAAAAUUGAGUUGAGACUGCCAUGCCCGUGUCAACUGACCAUGGGUUCUUGGGCUCUCAAUGCAAUAGAACAUUGACAUGAGGCCAAAAGAGUUUUCUCAAAGCUUCACUGGAGCUUUUGUCCAGCCGUAAGGGAGGCAGAACGAGAGAGAAAGAGAGAGAGAGAGAGAGAGACAGAGAGAGAGAGAGAAUUCCCUGACAGACUCCACCUAUAAAAGAACAGGUAGGACUUUUUUAUUAGGCAAAGUACAGAACUGACAUCAGAAGUAGAGUGUACACAGGCUGGGCAAGGCAAACGAUGUGAGGGGUAGGGUAGCAGGUCAGCAUAUCCAGAUGUGAUGGUUAUCUUGAGUAAUGGGCCACCUGGUAGUCUGGCCUGUGACAACAAGACUAUAAAUCAAUUGUCCAGCAGCAUUCCUUUCUGAGGUGGGACACUCUGCAACCUUGGUUAGCUCCUAAAGCCAGGUCCUGGAAUUCUUUAAGUGAAAAGACUAUUAGCAGCGAGGUAAUGGUGUGGGUUUUGUGAUGUGUGGGAAUGCUCUAAUGGGGAUGAGCCAAAGCCAGGCUCUGUCUCUACUGUGUCUCACCAGUAAAAACACAAUUACAAACAGCAUGCAAUGCUCUUUUUUGUGAUGAUGGUUAAUAAAGAAUACACGUUCUAAAAUA